CCCAGACUACCCAAAUACACGAGUCAAAUGUAAAACUAUGGAACAAGUAAACUGUCAUGGCAGACAGUUGACAAAUAUUUUUUGUUUUUAUUAAAAAGUUUUCAUUCCUUCAUUAGUUUGACAUCCGCAACUAGAAAUGGAGAAAAGUAAGACUGAUUUAGCAGCAGCAACUGAAGAUGUUGCGGAAAACAGGGAUGUCAGUAACUUAGCUGCAGAGGGGAGUAAACAAGAAAAGAGUUCUGACAAGAAAACUAGUAGUCCUGACAAGGGAACAAAGAGAUCUGACAAAGAAAUUAUGUCUACAGAGGGACCAGAUCUGACAGAAACUAAGGAAGAUAACACAGAAAGUAAAAAUAUGGAAACAAUUGAAACAUCUGCAGUAGAAGAUGUUGUGGAUAAGGUUAAAGAAAAUUCGGAGACUGAAGAAGAAAAAAUCGAAGAAACAGACUUGAAUAUAGACUGGAGCAAGGAACCAGCGCUUGAUGAUGCUGGCAGGAACCAAAUGUUUGAAGAAGGUUUAAAGCUUGACAAAGAAGGAAAGAAAUUGGAGGCACUAAAAAGAUAUUUGAAAUGUCUUGUGGGAUUGAAAGAGAAUUCACGAUUUGCUCUAUUACCUCAGUGCCUGAGAAAUAUUGGUGAUAUAUACUAUGGCAGAGAUGAAUUUGAGAAAGCUGUCAGCUUUAUUCAAGCAGAGAAGUUAUACUAUGAGAGUGUACUCAUAGAUGACUCAGAGCUGCAGAAACAUAUAGAUGAAGUAACAAAGCAGGGUGUAGGUGAUGCUGCAGACACAAACAUAGAUGCUCUCAGGGCAUCAGAGUAUGAACAGCUUGCAAAAUUAUGUCUUGAUGAAAAACAACCACAGUUAGCACUAGAAUAUGCAGGCAAGUGUACAAAGUUAAGACAGAAAGUUUUUGGUGACAAUCAUCCGCUGGUUCAACAAAGUCUUGAUUUCUUUGCCACAGUAUAUGCUGAGGUUGGAAAAGUUCAAUACACAGAAUCAAUGAGCAAGUAUGCAAAAGCUGGAGAACCUGAUAUUACCUCCCCUGCAGUAUCAUGGGAGACAACUCCAGCUGAUUCACCAAAUGAACCUACCUCAAUUCUGAGAAAAAGGAAAAAUACAGAAGGUGACAGGGAAAAGAAGGUUAGAUUUGAUGAAUCUCAAGUGCCUUCAGAUGAACAACUGGAAAAAGAGGAAAAGUGUGCUAGAUUUGUGCUACUGUGUUUCUUUUUUGCACUACUAUUUGUGCUCUUCAUCCUUGGAGUGUAUUUAUACUGCAACCUCCAGUCGCCGUCAACGUGCAGAAACUUUGGGUACUAUUUCUCCGACAAGAUGAUGCAAUUAAAAUACUGGUACUACCGAUUCUCAUCAAACGACAAUACAAAGUAUACAUAGUGUUACCACAACAUGAAGAAAUAUAGUGAAACAGGGUCUGAAAGAUUCCAACUUGUCACUUUUUAAUUUUCUUUUUCCCUUUAUUUAUCUAAGAAUAAUGUUCCAGGUGAAUCAAAACUUCAGUGUUGACACAAGUUAUUGUUGUAUUUUAUAUAGUUAUCUUUGUUAAACGAGAUUCAAUCUAGAGCUAUUAAAAUCUGUGUUUUUCUUACAUAAAAAUCAAAAUAUUGUAUUAAGGACAUACAUACAAUUAAUCAUUUUGCACUUUUGGCAACUGUUUCACAUCUUACCUGGUUAUGCACAGAAAUGACAUAUUCUUGAAUGUUGCAAAUAUGAUUUUUAAGCUGGUGGAGAAGUUCAUGCCAAAGCUUUAUCAACAAUUAAAUUUUAGGUAGUUCUGCAUGUUUGGUUAAAUAGAAGGCAUUGUGUGACAUAAUUUAUCCAGAUUAUUUAGAAUGAUAACUGGUAGCCGAAUGUAGUCGAAUGUAGUUGGAAGUCCUUAUAUCCUUUGUAUUUAGUGUUGAACAGUCAGUGCUGCAAUCUUUCUUUAAGUUUGAUGUAAAAUAAUUGAAAACGAGUAACAUAAAAAUCAGCAGUUUCAGGACUUCACUUGAUAUUAGGUGAAUUGUGAAAAGUUAAGCUCAUGAACAUAUAAAUUUAAUUUGGCCAUAUGAUUGAAAAUAGGUAAAUCUACAUGUAGGAGAAGUUAUAUUAAAAUCUUCUUUGUGGAACUUUAUCUGUAUGUGAUUUACUUACAGAAGCCUAUUGUGAAAAUUGACUAGAGGAAACAUAUUUUCAGAUCGAUCAAUAAAAGAUCAAGCACACAACCCUAUCAUUUGUAUUGGUUGAAUUUCCUUUGGAUACAAAGAUGCUUGAAAAAAAUCAGUUUGAUACAGUCCUACAUUAUAUUUGUUUCAAACAUGCAGAACUACAUAGCAGGUACUUUUCGUGUCUGAAUAUUUAUUAUGACCAAUAACCACAUACUUGUUUUAAUUAGCUAAACCUUGUUAAAUUGUCAAUGUUUAUAGUUAUAGUUACCACGUUAGAUGUCAUACAGAGAAGUUCCUUAAACUUAUUGUGCAAAAUCACUUCUGAAGGAAACAUUGUACUCUAGAAAUUCUGAAUUUCUAACAUAUUUUCAUUUUAAUUUGUCUUUAUCUAUCAGUUGGAUAUAAUGUGUGUUGUUUAAAAGAUCUUCAGGUGUUGCACUUUUUUAAUUUUUGUAUAUUAUGAUUUAAAGUGACCUUUUCUCACAUUAAGUCCAUCAGAAUUUGCAACUGCAAAAGUAGCUUUUGGUUUAAACUAAAUGGCACAUGAUGUUUUUUUUUUUGUAAAGAAUUUUAUGUUUUAAUAUAAGUGAAUCAUCUGAAACACUUCUGAAAUGUUGAGUUUACUCGGUCUAUAUCAGUUUAUUAAUAAUUUAUAUUUACUUUUACUUCUUUUGUUAUUUUCCAAUGACAGGUUUAAAUUUAAUAUCAAACACUGGAAAUGAAGAAAAGCUUGUUUUCACUCAUCUGUUAAUGAGUAUCUAUAAGUAUAUACAGUCCAGUUUACUUUUAGUGUAAGUUUAUUUUACAAAUCAAGGAAUGUGUUAGACUGGCUGCUAUAGAGAAUGGUUUCUGUACAGUGGUGGUCAUUGUAUGGAGGUGGUCAUUGUAUAGAGAUGGUCAUUGUGCAGAGGUGGUCAUUGUACAGGGGUGGUUAAUACACAGAGGUGGUUAAUGCACGGUGAUACUGGCUGUAACAAACUGGACUGUAUCUGUAUUAAACUUUGUGUAACUAUCAAUUUAGUCUGUGAUAAGGGAGUGCUCCCACAUUGUGUUGUACAUGUUAUUUAUUAGUUACUGCUUAUUUUAGUAUUCAGUAUGUUACAUAAUGGAUAUAUAGUUCAGGCAGUUUUGUUUUGUAUUAAAUACUGCUUACUUUAGCUCCUUGUCUCAGUAGGACAUAAGGGUAUGAUAGACAGACUGUGCACAUCUGGGCUAACUUUAUUCCAUUGCAGUAUAUAGCCUGAUAUUGUGCUGUGAUCGAAACACUUUAUAUAGAACCUUUUUUUCAGUAACUUGCUUCGAGGUUAAAACUUGUUUUCAUACUUUCAGCUCAAGUUUUUAUGAUAAUGGGUAAUAGGGAUAUGUGAAUCUUAACUUUCAUUUCACUUGUAGACAUUUCAUUUUAAAAAAAAAAAAAGAUGUAAUUUUAUUGUAAAAGCCUUACUAAAAGUAGAGACAUCACUCUUCUCCAGGGAAAAAAGUUAUUGAAAAAAUGUGUUCUUUACUACUGCUGUUGUUAUACACAAUUUAGGCUAAUAUAAGCUGAUCAAGCUACUAUUCACCCAGCCUACUUAAGGAACAGUCAUGUGUCACAAAAAAAGUGCACUUACAUUUGUACUAAGAAAUUAAUAUAUGUCAUUUGAAAUGUAUGUUUAUUAUCAUUUAUUCUGUCUGUGUUAUUUCUGGCACAUUUGAUUAUAUAAUAAUGGUUAGCUAAUGUACUUAACAAUUAAGGGUGUAUAUUUAUUCAUAUAUUAAUUUUUACACAAUCAGCAUUAUUUUAAAAAAUAGUAUAUUUGAAUAUUUAUGUUUUUACAUAAAUUUUGCGGCAUCAGCGUUCUACUAAUAAGUAGUAAAUGGCUUUAUUUUUGUCACAGUUAUAUUAUAUAGUCCUGAGUUCUAAAAUCAUCACUAUAAUUGAGCCGCGCCAUGAGAAAACCAACAUAGUGGCUUUGCGACCAGCUUGGAUCCAGACCAGCCUGCGCAUUUGCGCAGUCUGGUCAGGAUCCAUGCUGUUCGCUUUCAAAGUCUACUGCAAUUAGAGAAAUUGUUAGCGAACAGCAUGGAUCCUGACCAGACUGCGGAUGCGCAGGCUGGUCUGGAUCCAUGCUGGUUGCAGAGCCACUAUGUUGGUUUUCUCAUGGUGCGGCUCAUAUAGUUGUUAGAAGGUAAGAUUUGCUAUUAGUUUCUGAAUAGUUUUUAGCCUAGGAAGUUAUACAUGACUUGGAGAAAUAAGGAUUUCCUGUGGUGUUUUCAGGUUAUAUGAAGUUUCCUAGCAAGGAAAUAUACCAUAUAUUCCCCCAAGAUACACCCCUUUGGACAUUACAUCUUGCAAAAAUGGGGGGAUCUAUUAAGUUUUCUUUUACAUUGUAUUAGUAAAUACAGACUAAAUCCAACUUCUUAUAUUUACAUUCGCCCUAUUCUUUUCCAUGGAAAAUUAUGACAUUCAUUUCGUAUGAACAGCAAAAGGAAAGGCGCGAAAGUUACGUCAUUGCUGCUUAGUGGUAACCGACCACUGUGUUGACGAUGUCCGCGUAUAGUCAGGGAGAAUGUUCCUUAGAUGACGUCGCAGUUGUUUCGUCUGGUGAACAGAAUGGCCAGGAAGCUGAUUUUAAUGUUAAAUGCCACAAAGUAUGUGCAAUUAUAAUAUUAUCUUGUUUACAAAUGGAAAGGAAUAUAAUGUAAAUAUAAGAAAUGAAACUAUUUUUCAGUGUUCAUGCGAAAUGAACGACAGAAUAGAUUGGCAAAUUAAACAUGAAUUGCUAGUGCGAUUCCUGGAUUUGCUGAUCCUAUUUUGUCGUUCAUUUCGCAUGAACACCGAAAAAAUCAUUUCAUUGCUUAAAUAAAUAAAGUUUAACAUUUAUAAUACUUUCACAGUACAGGUAUUCACCUAGAACCUUUAUUAACUAAAGAAAUGUAUAUGUUUUUGAAAAUAUAGGAGGUUUAUUAAUGGGAGGGUGUUUAUUAAGGAACAUAUGGUAUGAAAUACAAAAAUAAGGAUACUUUACCAGAUAUUGAACAUUUUACUGUUUAAAGAGAACCUAAUUUAUGUUAGUCUCAGGUGUUUAACAUAUCAUAUCAAAGAUACAACUUUUAUUCAGUUUCCAAACUUUGUAAAUUUACAAUAUGUUACCUUUUUAUGCCCCCAAAGGGAGGCAUAUUAGUUUUCAACUGUCUGUCCGUUCGUUCAUUAGUUAGUUAGUUAGUUAGUUCGUUCGUCACAACGUUAACUUUUUGCAUGAAGGCACUUUACUCGCCAACCACUGUACCCAGGACCUUCAAACUUCACUUGCUGAUAGUACUUAUUGAGUAUACCACCCCUACUGACUUUGGGGUCACAAGGUCAAAGGUCAAGGUCACAGGGGCCAACGUUAACUUUUUGCAUGAAGGCCUUUUACUUGCGAACCACUGCACCCAGGACCGUCAAACUUCACAUGCUGAUAGUACUUAUUGAGUACACCAUCCCUACUGACAUUGGGGUCACCAGGUCAAAGGUCAAGGUCACAGGGGCCAACAUUAACUUUUUGCAUGAAGGCACUUUACUCGCGAACCACUGCAUCCAGGACCUUCAAACUUCACAUGCUGAUAGUACUUAUUGAGUACACCACCCCUACUGAUUUUGGGGUUACCAGGUCAAAGGUCAAGGUCUCAGGGGCCAACGUUAACUUUUUGCAUGAAGGCACUUUACUCGCGAACCACUGCAACCAGGACCUUCAAACUUCACAUGCUGAUAGUACUUAUUGAGUACAUCACCCCUACUGACUUUGGGGUCACCAGGUCAAAGGUCAAAGUCACAGGGGCCAACGUUAACUUUUUGCAUGAAGGCACUUUACUCGCGAACCAUUGCACCCAGGACCUUCAAACUUCACCUGCUGAUAGUAUUUUAUGAGUUCACCAACCCUACUGACUUUGGGGUCAC